GCAGCUGCUCUUCAAAGCGGCCUUAGGACUUUCUGUCGCUGUGGUCGCCGCCAUGAGUCGCAACUACAAUGAUGAGCUGCAGUUUUUGGAAAAGAUCAACAAAAACUGCUGGAGGAUCAAGAAGGGCUUCGUGCCCAACAUGCAGGUAGAAGGAGUUUUCUAUGUGAAUGAUGCUCUGGAAAAAUUAAUGUUUGAGGAGUUAAGGAACGCCUGUCAAGGUGGUGGUGUUGGUGGCUUUCUGCCAGCCAUGAAACAGAUUGGCAAUGUGGCCGCCCUGCCUGGGAUUGUCCAUCGGUCUAUUGGGCUACCUGAUGUACAUUCAGGUUAUGGGUUUGCUAUUGGGAAUAUGGCAGCCUUUGAUAUGAAUGACCCUGAAGCAGUGGUAUCCCCAGGUGGUGUCGGAUUUGACAUCAAUUGCGGUGUCCGCUUGCUAAGAACGAAUUUAGAUGAAAGUGAUGUCCAGCCUGUGAAGGAGCAACUUGCCCAAGCUAUGUUUGACCACAUUCCUGUUGGGGUAGGAUCAAAAGGUGUCAUCCCAAUGAAUGCCAAAGAUCUGGAGGAGGCCUUGGAGAUGGGUGUGGACUGGUCCUUAAGAGAAGGCUAUGCCUGGGCUGAAGAUAAGGAGCACUGUGAGGAGUAUGGAAGGAUGCUGCAAGCUGACCCCAAUAAGGUCUCUGCAAGGGCCAAAAAAAGAGGCCUUCCUCAGCUGGGGACCUUGGGAGCAGGCAACCACUAUGCAGAAAUCCAGGUUGUGGAUGAGAUUUUCAAUGAGUAUGCUGGUAAGAAAAUGGGCAUCGACCAUAAGGGGCAGGUGUGCGUGAUGAUCCACAGUGGCAGCAGAGGCUUAGGCCACCAAGUAGCCACAGAUGCACUGGUAGCUAUGGAAAAAGCCAUGAAGAGAGACAAAAUUAUAGUCAAUGACCGUCAGCUGGCUUGUGCUCGAAUUGCCUCUGCUGAGGGUCAGGACUACCUGAAGGGAAUGGCAGCGGCUGGAAAUUAUGCCUGGGUCAACCGCUCGUCCAUGACCUUCUUAACUCGUCAGGCUUUUGCCAAAGUCUUCAACACAACCCCUGAUAACUUGGACCUACACGUGAUCUAUGAUGUUUCCCACAAUAUUGCCAAAGUAGAGCAGCAUGUGGUGGAUGGAAAGGAGCGGACACUAUUAGUCCACAGGAAGGGGUCCACCCGAGCAUUCCCUCCCCACCACCCCCUCAUUGCUGUUGACUACCAGCUCACAGGACAACCAGUACUUAUUGGAGGCACUAUGGGAACCUGUAGUUACAUUCUUACGGGCACUGAACAGGGAAUGACGGAAACCUUUGGAACAACCUGUCAUGGAGCGGGCCGUGCAUUGUCCCGAGCAAAAUCUCGACGUAAUUUAGAUUUCCAGGAUGUCUUAGACAAAUUGGCAGAUAUGGGAAUUGCGAUCCGUGUUGCCUCACCCAAACUGGUUAUGGAAGAGGCUCCUGAAUCGUACAAGAAUGUGACCGAUGUGGUGAACACCUGCCACGACGCUGGAAUCAGCAAGAAGGCCAUCAAACUGUGACCAAUUGCUGUGAUCAAAGGGUAAGGCCUGGACCAGGACUGCCAGACCCCAGGUCGACUAGUCCUGUGCAACCUGAUCGGAUUUCAUGUUAUGUGAUGUGAAACUUCCAAGUUGCUAAAGGACUAUAGUUGUAGGCUUCUGAAGCCUUAGUUGAGUCUGAACAGCCAAUAAAAUAGAAAAAUCUAA